AUCUCUAUACAAUCUCUCAUAACAUAGUCAUCUAAGCACUCCCGUAAAUAACCGAACAUAUACACCUGCAACACACGUACAAUGGAAGAAGAAAAAAGACCCAACCUACCAAUGCGGCCCAGCCAAACACCGGGCCAGGAAAACCCCCCCACCAAAGCCCCCUAUCCCAACGACGACACCAGUAAACAUGCAGACCAAGAACAAGACGGUCUCAAAGAACAAGAACACCCCGACACAAACAUUCCACCACCAGUUUACACACCCACAACGCUCAUCCAGAACCAAACAACCCACGGGGCCUACCGGCCAUCUGCCAUUCUCCCUAAACCGGUCGUCAUACCCCAAACAUCCCACUCAAUCCACGGCUCAAUCUACCGGCCGUUCGCGCGGGCCUACGCGCCCGCCCUGGAGAGCCUCGGCAUCCCCAAGACAGAUUUCCUGGCUUUCGUGGACGCGCUCAACGAGGUCUGGUUGGCGAAUCCGUACAUCCAGGCCAUUAGCACGACCAGUGCCGUGGCGUGCUUUAUCCCGCUCUUGCAGAUCCAGAUCGCCGCGCUGGGCGUGGCUGCCGCGGCCGAGUAUGGGUCGGUGAAGGUGUCGCAAAUGCGGACGCAGGCGUACAUGCGGCUGGCGAAUGAGCAGCUGUUUGGGCCGCGGGGCCUGCGCGUGCAGGUGCUGAAGACGAAGGUGAUGAUGCGGGAGGUGGGGGUGCCGGGGGAUGUGCUGGACUUGGGGGAGGGCCGGGAUGAGGAGUUUGCGGAUUUGCAGGAGGAGGGGAAGGGGAGGUAUGAUCCGCAGUUGAGGAGGGUGGAGGCGUUGAGGGAGUAUGUGUGUCCAAUUGUUUAUGAGGAGGGGGGUGCUGCGGUGGGUAAGGAUAAUUGGAUUAAGAGGGCUUCGGAUAAGCAGGAGAAGUGGCUGUCGGAGAGGCAGAAUAGUUCGAUUGUGGGGAAGAGGGAGAAGGCUGGGAAGUGGAUGAGUGAGGCGGAGGAGGCGGAGAAGCAGCUGAAUGUCAAGAUUGAGGAGGUUGAGCUUGCGAAGGAGGCUGCGAGGGCUAGGGCUAGGGAGCGGAUCGAGGGUCCGUUGGGGGAGUCGUUGCAGGGUCGGGGCAUGAUUCAGGAUGAUUUGGACAAGGAUUUGAAGAAGUUGGAUAAGACUUUGACGAAGCUUGUUAAGGAGAGGGAGAAGAAGGUUACGAAGAUGAUGCAGAAGGGUGAGCGGCGUCUGCAGAGUGUGGAGAAGAAAGAGAGCCGCAUUGCGCAGAAGGUGAUGUGGGUGGUGGUGACGGGGGAUGAUGGGACGGGCUUUCAGAACCAUCUUUUUGAGGAAUCGGAGACUUGA